AUGUCAAGCCGACGCAAUAACCCAGACCCCCCUCACUCCUUUUCCUCUUCUGCCUCUUCUUCUGCGUCUGCUGCUGCUUCUGCUUCUGUUUCUUCCAACAGGAGAGAGCCUUUGCGUAGGUCAUUCUGUUCUGGUGCUGCUGUGUCCUCCUCGCUGCCUGUCUCUUUAAAGGCAGAGACAGCAGCAGCUCUUGUUUCUUGGGGUCUUCUGUCUCCUCUCCUUGUGGGACCCCUCCAGCCACACGGCUUAGCCGUCCUCAGUGCCCCCCGCAGCCUUCACCUGCGCAGCGGUGUAGGGGUUUUGGAGUUGUUGUCAUUUGCUUUGGGACGCCGUGGGAUCGAGCGCCUUCCCGAUCCUGGGAUCGUCUCCCACGCUCCCCACCCCACAGCCUUCGCCAACAACUGGAAAAACCUGACACCCCACAUCGAAGCCCUCGGUAUCUGGUUAGGAGACACCUGGAGCAAAGCCCUAGAAAAAGGAGACCCCGAAGCUGUAGGCUCUCUUGUAGACCUCGUCGUAGAGCGGCAGCUUAAGUACGAGCAGAUGGUCAUGGCCUACGACAACACGCCACUACCAACAGCUGCUGCAGCAGCACCUGCUGGUGCUGGUGCUGAUAGUUCUGCGCAUACGAGAGUUUUACGAUCGCAACCUGUAACAAAUGCAGAGGCUGCUGCUCCUCUUCCUCCUACUACAACCGGCGACAACAGCAGCAAUAGGCUAUCUCUAGCCCACUCCCGUAGAGCUGCCGAAGGCAGUAUCCCUCCUGCUGCUGUUGUAGCUGCUGCUGCUCCUGCUUGUCGUUCCACUAACUGCAUCAGCGGAAGGGAAGAGCAGAAGCCAGCAGGCAUCUGCAUACAGCCUCCUGCUUUGGCAACGCCGUAUCCCUACGAGGCCCCCAAUGGGCUGCAGCAGCAACAGGAGCAGCAAUUGCGCACCCAAACCACCCAGCAGGGACUGCAGCAACUUCAAUCGCAGAAACAGCCACAGCAGCAACAGCCACAGCAGCAACAGCCACAGCAGCAACACCACCAGCUGCCGCUUGAAGUGCAGCAGCAAAUGCAGAAACACAUGCAGCAACAACAACAGCAGCACGUGCAGCCACAACUGCAGCAACAGUGGCAACAAAAACCAAUGCAGCAACCGCAGCAGCUCCUGCAGCAGCAAUUGCAGCAGCCACCGGGGCACCAACUGCAGCGACACGUGCAGCAGCAACUGCAACAACCCGUGCAGCAUCAACCUCAGCGGCAACCGCAGCAACGACUGCAGCAUCAGCUGCAGCAGCAAGAAGAGCAGCUGCAGCAGCAGCAGGAACAGCAACUGCAACAGCAGCAGGAGCAGCAACUGCAGCAGCAGCAUGGACAGAAACUGCAGGAGCAACUGCAGGAGCAGCAGCAGCAACAACUGCAGCAACAACUGCCGCAGGAGAAGCAACCGCAGCAGCAACCGCAGCAGCAACCGCGGCAGCAACUGCAGCAGCAACCGCAGCAACAGUUGCUGCAGCACCUGCAGCAGCAACUGCAGCAGCACCUGCAGCAGCAACUGCAGCAGCACCUGCAGCAGCAAACGCAACAACAACCACAGCACCAGCAGCAACAGCAACUUCAACAGCAACCGCAACAGCAGCAACUGCAGCAACAAUUGCAGCAGCAGCUGCAGCAACUGCUACAACAACUGCAGCAGCAACUGCUGCAGCAAGGCGGAGACAAGCAACAACUGCAGCAACCGGCCGUUGUCGACGGAGUCAGCAGGAAGAGCUCAUUCUCCAUGGACACCUCUUUAUGCGCUGCUACAGCACCAGCACCAGCAGAAACUGCAGCGGCAAUAGCAGCAGCAACAGCGGCAGCAAUAGCAACAGCAACGCCAGCAGCAACACCAGCACAAAGGGCAACUGAAAGCAUGCGAACAGCAGCAAAUCCUGGUGCUGCUGACUUGGGUAAUACACAAGAGGCAGCAAGGGGAGACUUCUCUGUGCAGCACACAGACAUAUCGGAUGUCACGGACGCCUCACUGUUUGAGCCCGACGCAGAGGACGGUGCUGCUCUGGAGCCCCGCAGCCGCAGCCGCUGCUGCAGCAGCAGCAGCAGCAGCAGCACUCUUUUGUGUAGGUACCUGGCGGAGACGGUGUUGCAGCCAUUGAGGCAAAGCAGCAGCCUCCGCUUGUCUGAUCCUGCAGUGUGCAGCACUGAAGGGGCCCCUCUUGGGCCACUGCAGUUUACUCCUGUGAGCUGUACAGGCACCGAAGCGCCGCUACGGGCGGGUAGCGGUAUGCUGGAGCCGCAACAAGAAGAGCAGCAGCAACGGCAACAGGCCAAUGCAGAAGAGCUGCAACUACAGAAGGAACAGGAGCAGGUGAAAGACGACCAGCUGCCCCUACAGGAGCAGCAGCGGCAGCAGGUGGGAGAGGAUCAGCCGCAGGUACAGCAGCACGAACAGCAAGACCUGCAGCAGGUGCAGGAGCAGCAACAGCAGGAGGACGCUGAAGCAGAGGAAUUCGGCCACGAGCUGGAUUUACCAGAAGAAGAAAAUGUCCCCAUCUCCCCUCCCGAGCAGCAAACGAAGCAGCAGCAACAGCAGCAGCUGGUGGAUCUGCUGCAGCAGCAAGCGGAGCAGCAGCAGAGUAUGGAGGAAAUGGAAGAUUCUUCUGGCACGACAACUCCAGACGAGACCACCACAGAUGCAGCAGCAACUCGUGCAGCUGCAGCUGCAGCUGCAGCUGCAGCAGCAGCAGCAGCAGCGGCUGCUGCAGGAGAUGCUGCUCCUUCAGGAUAUUUGUCCGGCCGUCGGCUGUCUUCAGGAAACAUAGAAUGGAAUGGAGGAUCGAGGAGAAGGACUAGCAGCAUUUUUGUGUCUCCUCUUGGCGACUUGGGGCAGGCACAAGAUGUCCCUUUCUUUGCCCACCCAACUAAACCACAGCACCAGCAGCAGCAUGUGCAGCAGCAGCAGCAGGAGGCCCGCGGAAACAGCAGUGGCGAAGGGGAAAGGCGACAACCUUGGCGUGGCAACGACAACAUAGAGGAGUUGUUGCUGCAGUCUCUAAAGAGACACUUUGGCUGCAGCAGGAGCAGCAGUAUCAGUAUUGUAAAGGAAAAGGGACAAAUGCUCCAUGCUUUAGCAGCAGCAGAAGGCAUGGAAGUUGUUGCGGAAGGAAUUACAAAUUGGGCAGAAAGUUUUAGUCAACAAAUAGAAAAGGCAGCGCAAUUGCUACAAAAGGAACCAAAAAAAGCCCCAAUCGUAGUGCAAAUCUUCUACUCAGGUGCUGCAUUGCUUAACUCCAAGGGUUUUGUAGGACAGGCAACUUCUCUGCUUCAGUGUCUUGCCAAGCUGCUGCAACAGCUGCUGCUGCUGCCUGAGGAGAGUGGGGCGCUGCAGCAGCGGCUGGUAGAUCACCUGCGUCGUUGUUCAGCUGUUGCCUGCUUCUCCCAGCUUGCUGCAGCAGCAACGGAAGCAGCGGUGUACGUACAUUCCGCAGCAGCAACAAAUCUUUUGGCAGCAGUAGGGGACGUGCUUCUGCAUUUGUCUCUCUUUAAUCCUGAGGUCGUAUGGGCGGGGGGUCUCCUAAAGAGAGUAAUCGAGCAAGAAGCCUCCUAUUUCCUCCUUGCAAACAUCAUGCUCCAGCAGCAGCAGAAGAAGCAGCAGGACCAGCAACAGCAACACCAGAAAGAGGCAAAGGGAUUACCCAUUGAUGUCCUUGAGGCUAUGGCUGUGGAGGCAUGCAGCACAGUGCUCCAGCAGCAGAAGCCCCUUGCCACCCGCACCACUGCGCUGCUAGUGUUGGGGCCCCUCUGUCGCUGCUGCAGCAGUUUGCUGCAACCUGGAGACGACGAUCCCACACGCAUUCAAAAACAGAUCCUCGGGUGUCUACGCAUAGCGUUGGCGGAACGGGAGGAACCCUGGGCAACAGCAGCAGCAGCUGCUGCUGCUGACAUUGUUUUUGCUGCUGCGGAAGGCAACUCCAGCGAGUUUGCUGCUACAGUGGUAGGGGAGGGGUUUGUGUUGGAGGCCCUUCUUCCUGCUGCUACCCUCGCAGCAGCAGCAGAGAAAGGCGUAUUCGUGACAACCGCUGCAGCAGCAGCUGGUGCAGCAGCAGCUGUUAUAACAAAAAGCGCCGGAGCAUUAGCAUUUGACACUGGCCGUCUCUUUUCCUUUGUGGAGAGAUACCUCAGCACAGUCCCUUCUUUUGGCCCUUCUAGUUCUUCUAUUUGUGCUGCCUUCUUUAUACACCCGCACACGUCCACUGACAUGGCAGGGGACCUGCUCUCUGCAAUUUCUUCGCUGCACACAAGGAGGACCCCAAUAGAUGCUCUCUGUCUUAGCGAGAUGCUCUUAGACUGCUGGAGAGGGCGAGGGUCUUCUCCUCUGCUGCAGCAGAUCACAAAGAAGCUGCUGCUGCUGGACCGUGUAGCAGCAGCAGCACCACCAGCGGGUGUUACAGGGGAGCGUAAGUGCCUAGCCGAAGUGUUAAGCAACUUCUUGAGGAACCAAUUGCAAGACAAAAAAAUCGAGGAAGAGACAAAAGAAACACUUCUUGCUCUCUGCGAGGAAUGCUUGCGCGAAGACCUCCAGGAGACAAUAUCUCGUUUCAAUAGUCUCGCUCGAGGUGAGGGGCCCCCAGGGCCUCAACUAUCCCUGUCGGCAGCAGACUGUCUGCUGCAAGAGCUGCAACAACACCCGGCAUCAGCUGCUGCUGCUGCUGCAGCAGCAGCAGAGGCGCAAGCGCAGCAGCAGGCAGGAGAGACAGAUCUUGAGGCAUGCAGCAGCGCCCAUUGGCUGGAGGAUCCAGAAGGAGCUGGUGCUUCUGUCUCUUUUACUCGAAGCAGCUCGAGUCAGCAGCAAAGCCCGUCUCCCCAUCAGCCGCACCAGCCGGCAGAAACAGCAGCAGCAGCAGCAGCAGCAGCAGGACACGGGGAGUCGCAGCAUUCAGCGCAGCAUAGUUCCCACGGAGCCCCCGGAAGAACUUCUCAGGGGGCCCAUUUCCUUCACUGCAGCUUCUCACCACCCCAGCAACAACCCCACCGGACAGCAGCAACAGCAACAGCGCCAGCAGUAGCAACGGGAGCAGAGAACACCGAACCCCUCGAGGAGGUUGAGUGCAAGUUGCUGCUGCACUGCUUCCGCCCCGUCUUUGUUAAACUAUUCGAUCUCCUGCAGAAAACAGCACCAAAACCCUCGGGUGGAGAUGCCUUUGCAGAUCCUGAUUUGGUAUUUGACGGCUCAAGGUUGGAACCCGGAUCGCCCUCGCAGCAUCUCAAUGAACUCAGCCUAGCGGAGUUCGAGAUCUUCCUCUGUCAACUUGCAUUCUCAAUGCAGAGCGUCUCGCCCCCCGCUAUGAUCUACCGCGGCGUUGCUCUGAGUCCGAAAACAGAAAGAGGAGCUCAGAUAUUUUCUCUUCUUUAUCGCAUCAAGCGUGAAGGAGGGGUUGCUGCAGAGGUGCCUGGGUCGCGAACUUCGUGUCUCCCGCCCCUAAUAAAAGCCUGUGAAGGCCGACUUGCCUCACGCCAUGCAUAUCUACUGGUGGAGAGCAUCAACUGUCUCCUCAGUGCAGGUGUCCCCAUCCAUAGACUUCCUCCAGGUCUCGGCCUUGUCGAGCAAAGGACGCAAGACGGGAAGACCUUUAAACAAGUGAUUCUGCGUCAAGGCGGAGAUCCAGCAGCAGCUGGAGCGGCAGCAGCAGCAGCAGCAGCAACACGCCCUUCAGAAAUGCCUUUCGAAGACUCAGUGUUAGGGAGCGCUUCUCCUGAGGCAGUGCAGCAGUGGGCUGUGGCUGGAUCGAUGCUUCCUGGGGCGAGCCCUGGUGGAGUCCCAUUCGUUAGUGAAGACCAGAAUGCCUCCAGGGUUUGCACUGCAAUGGCAAACGUCUGCUCAAAACAACUCCAAGAAAUACAGACAGAAGCCUUCUGCAGGGCGGAGGAGUGGAAGAGAGUGCAGUGCGUCCUUUCAGCUUCGGACAGGGCGGUAGGCUGUGCUGCUGCUCCGGCUGCUGCGAUUAGUGCUGAUGCAGCGGAUUUUGCUGCUGGCUUUGCUGCUGCCGCUGCUGUUUCUGUUGUUUCUGCUGAUGACGAUAUUGUGUUUUGCUGCCUUCCAUCAGGGAAUGAGGCUGCAGCAGCCAGCAGUGUGCACGGGGACGGGGAGUGUCUCCUCUCAACAACGGGUAUUUAUCUACUGCCUCUCUCCUUUUUCCACCUAUUUCAAAUGGUUGAUUAUAUUUGCUGCCUCUGUCUUUGGCUCUUGCUGGUGUUUAUUGUACCAUUUUCCUCUCCUAUGAGUUUCUCCGUCCGACCACAGAGGGACGCCGCCAGCCCCACCCCUUAUCAGCAGCAUCACAACAGUAGCUACACCGCCAGCAGCAGCGCCUGCGCAGCUGCACGGCGGCGGCUGCACAGCAGCAGCCGGUCCCCUGCGACAAAGAGCGAGCGGGAAGAGAUCCGUCGGGCGCAGCAGCACUUGCUGCAGAGUCCAACGGUUCAGCAACUGUUUCAGCAAUCUUCUAAAUGCAUGCAGAAGCUGUUCGAUGCCUUUUCUGCUGGCUGCCCUCUGCCAGUAGCUGCUUUAAUGGCGGGGAGCCAAAUGGACUUCGACGCCUUUCAGUUGGCCUUCUUCCAGCUUGCUCUGUCUGUCCACGACAUCGAUGCCAGAGUGAGCAGCAGCAGUAGCAGCAUUAGCAGAAACAUCUGA